AAUAAUGUCAGUCGAUCGUUGACUGCGACCGCAGGAGGACAGUACGGUCGACGGUCGCACGCUAUCCCAACACGGCUCAGGAUUGGUUAACUCUUCUCCCGUAAGCCCCGCCUACCAGGUGGUCGUUCGAAAGUGUAGUUGUGUAGUUCCUUACGGCAAAACGACGGGCGCUGUGCUCUCUCCAAUCGCGAGAAAAAUCUGAAAUGAAACGUGUCGGCGCGCUAAUAUGUGACGGUUGAGAGGAACCGACGACCAGGAACGUGCGAGAGGGUGGUUUACGCGCGGGUGCUACCACUUUCGAAGCGUGACGAGGAGAACGAACCGCGUAAAGAAGUGGCAAAGGUGGAGAGCGUGAAAAAAAAAUUAUAAAAGGAAAAUAUACGUCGAGGGAAACCUAAGGAAGACGCGUGUGUGCCAGAGCUGCGGGGCCAGUGUGAGAAGAAUCCUCUGUUUCGGGGGGGGUUCUAUGUCUUUUUCUCUCUCUUUCACUGUCUCUCUACCUUCUUUUUUCUCUUCCCUUCUACUUCUCUCUUUCUCUGUCUUUCUCUCUCCGUCUUGUUACACGUUUUGUUCCACGGGUGGAAAUACCGUCGCGACAAGUGUUAUCGCGUUGACGUAGUAUGAGCUGUUCCGUAUCGCAUGGUUGAAACGCAAAGGUAACGGAAACAAAAAGAAAAAAAAGUGCUUCGUUUAACCAACAAGGACGUCAGCUGUGUGCGCUUUUACGAGGGGGACGUGUGCGAGAGAGAACCCGCUGCUGAGAGACAGAGAAAUGGCGGCGCUGGUGGCAGGUGUCCAGUAUGGGUUGUCGUCGCACAGUAAUUUUCACGAAAAUAAGUCCCUGAUCUUCGUGAAGCUCACCGACUCGGCGCAACGUGCCAUCGACGACUUCCUUAAGAAUCGGAACAAGACCAACCAGACCCCUACUAUACAGUUCCUAGGAAACGAAGGGCAACUCUCAUUUCCAUCCACGCAAUCCAGCCAUGGAUCGGCGGGCUUCACGUUCAGCCUUUCCGGCAGCCAGGACACCGAGGGUCCUCAGGGCGGCUUCGAGUGCAUCCAGCAGACCGGCCCCAAGAGUCUGGAGAGCCUUGGCGCAUUGCCGUGUAAAAUGUGGAUACAGGCGAACGACGACGUGUACGAGACAACCAGGCAUCGAAUGGCCGUCGCCGAAGAGAAUAACAAGAACAAAUGUACCAGAGUCAUCAAGGCCAACGGUCCUGACAUCGGGCGCACGGUAAAGCUGAAAGCGACUGGAAGAACCAUACCGUCUCCAUCUAAUUCGAGACAUCGGGAAUCGACGAGCAUUCCAUCAUUCCGCAGUCAGUCCAGAUUGUCGUCUUCCUCCUACAAGCCAGCUGCCAGUAGUAUUUCACAGCCAGCCCGGAAUCCAUCGGAGAAGAAGGUUUCCGAUGUGAUGCGUAGGCCAUUAAAAGAGAGGCUUAUCCAUCUCCUUGCUUUGAGGCCGUACAAAAAACCUGAGCUGUAUGAUCGCAUAAACAGAGAGGGUAUAAAGGAUCGAGAACGCAGCGUCAUGACGGUGAUUCUGAAGCAGGUGGCUUUCAUGAGAGAUAACACGUACCAUUUGCACAGGUACGUGUGGAACGAUGUACAGGAAGACUGGCCUUACUACACCGACCAGGAGAAAGCGAUGCUGAAGAGGAGGAAACCUCAGAAUCUUACUCCUCCUGGUUCCAGUGAUGGUGGAUCCAGCGGUAGCGGACAAUCUCCCAAUUCCACCCAUCCAGGGUCUCCUCCAGCGAUCACCGGUCCGCCACCCUCGCUGGGCGUGAAGCGGCCGGGCUACGAUGAGGGUAACGACGGUCUGCCAACGAAGAAACAGCGUGUAUCACGCUGCAAGAAGCCAGAGCCAAGCUCGUCGAGCACCGGGGAGAACGGAAGGACGGCUGGUAGUGGUGGUAGCAAUAGUAACAGUGUUAGUGGAGUUUCCGGUGGUGGAGCCGGUGGUAGUAGUGCUAGUGGCAGUGGUGUGGUUGACGGUUGGGACCAGAGGCAGCAACAGCGUGAUCGUCGCGGCGAUUACCGGCUGGAAAGAACAGCGAACAGUGAUGUGCUACGUGGUGGCAGCUACGGAAGCAGCAAACCGUGCAUGACGCCGACCAGUGACAGUGAAGAAAACAACCGGAUCAGUCACCGGGACGCUGCCGUCGCUGGCGUCGGGACCACGUCCGCAAGCAGCGCGUCAGCUAGCAACCCAGCAGCCGCCGGUCAUAAUUCUCAUAGUAGUGUAGCCCAUAGUAAUUCGUUGAGCAGCACCAGUCGUCAUCACCAUGCUACCGGGAAGACGGCGACGGCGAUCGGUGCUGACGGCAUUGGUAUUGCGGCGGUGGAUUACGUGGCACGUUCGAGUGCCGUGACUGACGGUGGUAGUGCAGGUAGUUACAGUGGUAGUUCGAACGGGAUAGAUAGGAGAGAUAGGAACGACAGGGGACGAGGCGGCGACAGGGAUCGGGAUACGAAGAAACGAAGCGGUGGCGGCAGUAGCAAUUCUUACAACGACCUGGCUAAUUCCGAUUACACCGGCAACGAGGACAGCACCGUUACCACGUCUACAUGCAACCUCGAACUGCCGGAGAGUCCUAAAUCAUCGGAGUACCCGGACUACCUCACAUACUACACGACAAUAAGCAGCGCGGGACAAAGAAGACGUUAUAAGGCGGAAUUCAAUGCGGAUUACGAGGAAUAUAGAAGGUUGCACACUCAAGUAGCUAAGGUUUCGAAACGGUUCACUUUCCUCCAGGAACAGUUGAAGCAAGAAGAGAAAAACGGAAACUGGAGCGAAUAUCACGAAAUAAGGCGGCAAAUUGUCGAUGAGUAUAACGAAACAAAACGGGACCCUGUACAUAAGGAAACGAAACGUCGGUUCCACUAUCUGCACGAGAAGCUGAGCCACAUCAAGCGAUUGGUCCUCGAGUAUGAUACGACGAACUGUGGCGGUAGCAUGUCCACCACCAGCGCCGAUGGUAGCAACGAAAUGAAGGGGAUGGACAGUUUGCACUACUGACAUAAACUGAAAUGGCCACCUCUGAUCCUCUACCUUGUCUCGGUUGUCGAUACGCUGUUGUCUCCGUUGUCGCAGAAUUUGCAUUUUCUCGGCAUGUUCCAAGGCUGAUCUUAAUGGUCCACAUGGUUCCUGGGUUCUGUCGCCGAAAGAGAAAAAUAAAAAAACGAUAACUAAACCAGUCGAGUACUCUGAUCGGGAGUUGCAUGAUGUUUACAACGCAUCGCAAGAAAGAAAAAGAAGAGAUGAAGAAAUAGAAGAAAGAGAAGACGAAGUAAAAGAGGAAGAAGAAUAAUAAGAAGAAAAAGAGGAAGAGUAGGAAGAAGGAAAUCCUUCAUGGUGUGAACCCAUCGUGCGGAGGUCGAAGAUUUCUUUGUAAUUGUGAUUAGCACGACUGUGAUCUCUUCGACCUGCGCCCAUGUGUUACACAUCAGACGAGUCGAGCUACGCUCGCCACGUUUGGCCAAUAGUUAACCACUGACGAAGGCUUUACGACAAUCGGUACGUCUGCAAAACAAUGAAAAAAGAGAAACAAAACGAACGGAAACGAAUAAAAGCGAGAAGGGGAAAACGAGAAAGUCCAUCCGAUUAAACAGAGAAAGAAAAAGCAUGAGGUUAAAAGGGCAUUCGCGGAGAGUCCAGGGGUAGUAAAAAAGAAAAAGAAACCGCGCGAGCCGAAAGUACGCACGGAGGCGUGGGUGUGUGUUUUCUUUUGCGUGGCUGUCCUCCGACGAAUAGGAUAGGGAAUAAUAAAAACUUAGGGGGAAAAGCAAAGAAGGAAGGCAAACAGGAGGAGAGCAAAGUAAUUAAACUCUACGAUAAGUUACUUACCGUGCGCACGUCCAAGUGUGUCGUCCAGUUUAAGAGUACCGUAGAAUUAAAGGAAAGCAAACGAAACAAAAAUUACAAAAAAAAGAGAUAAAUAAAUAAAUAAACAAAGUUGAAACAAAGCAAACAAAAUACGAAUGCGAGAAGAGGGUCCAAAAUGGUAGUAAGGGCUUAUCACGUGCCACGUCCGGAGGAUACUAAGUAACUACUUUUUUCCGCCGGAAGGAAAAAAGGGAGAUUAGCACACAGAGACAGACUGUCCACGAGCCGGAGCGCGGAUCGCGCGUGGAUCCGCGCCUGCUGCUCGCCAUUCUCUUCUUUCCUUUUCUAUUUUUCUCUUCUGUCCACCCCCAUUUUUUUUUUCUUUAUUUCUUCUCGCUUCGUUCUCGCCUUUGUUUCACCCCCCACGUUGUCUCCGUCAAUUAAAGAAGACCGGAACGGACAAUUAUGGACAACUUUCUAUAAGAGAGAGAGACCCAUCACUUUUUCGCGCGAAUGAAACGCGAGAUCCUUUUGUUACUUCUUCGUUCUUUGGUUUCUUCGCCGAGGACCGCGCGCGCGUUUGCCAUGUUCUCGCGGGCCUCGGAGCUACUUCGACACGGUAGACAUAUAUGCGAAUGACACAACUCGAGGAAUCAAUAACGCGCGAUUGACCAUCGGGCAAACGAGAAGGACGAACAUGUUAAGUACUCUAUUUAGAAUUACCUGCCAUAAAGUGAUAAUGACCGAGCUAAAUCAACUGAUCGCGACACCGGCUCAGCCGUCUUCGCAGUUGAAAGAGACUGGGUCGAUCGUCGAAUAGACGAGGAUUCGUCGCGGUCGCUCGUAGUGAUUCCGGUUGUGUAUAUCGUGUGCUAGGGUAGACCCAUUUUUUACUAUUUCGAACGCAGUAGUCAUUGAAAGGGAGAAUGCUCAGCGCCAUCGUCAUCGAUUUUACACGCGGCAACGUGAAAAUGUUAAAAAAAAAGAAAGAAUAAAGAAAUGAAAGGAACGACGAGGAGGAAGAAAAUGUUGGGAAAUCGUGACAUUAAGACAGGUUUCAUUAGUAAAUAAUAAUCGUCAUCGGCGAUAAACAUAGUUAUACAUUGUACAGGUGCGCCCUUUUCUUCGCGUGCAAGUAAUACCUUCUUCGUGUAAUUAUUAUUAUGGCGAUGAAUACUAUUAAUAUUAUUAUCAACGCUAUUGCUAUUAUAUUAUUGUUCGGAUAGGUAGGUAGGAUAGGUACACGCGAGAGCUGCGUUAGGACCUAGAAUUCGCAUGGAAUAUGAAGGAAGAGAAACGAUGUUAGGUAUAUACAGAGUGGUUCGUAAUUACGUGUCGGUAUAACUGGGAGGAAAGGUGUGAAAAAUAAAAUGAAAAGAAUGAUAUACGCAAAUUUUAGUUUUUACAUUCUUUUUCAUAUUAAUCGAUUAAGAACAUUGUUUAAUUUAGGUUUUAAUUUUUCAACAAUUUUCCUUAAUGAACUAAUUCUCUUUUAGUAAACACAAUUAAGGUAUCAGUGUCGUGUGAACUACAUAGAUUAGAAAUUUAAUUAAUUCCAUCGAAUUUUACACGAAAUUGAUACCCUGUGUAUUUUGAAUAGCAUAUUACGCAGAAAAGUCUGCACACCUACGAAACAUAGCAAUUAUAUAUUCUUUUAGCAUUUCUUUCACCUGUUUCACGUUCUAGCUUUAUUCUCUACUGCGCCGAUGCCUGAUUAAGAAUCACCCUGUAGAGCCAAUGUUUUCCAUUGAAUGUGUAACGAAAGUUUAUGACGUUGAUGUUUCUGAUGCCUUUUGAAUCUUUUUGCUGUACAUUAAUUUGACUAUCGUUUUUAUAUAUACGAACGUAGACGGACUUUCGAACCGGUACCUUUGUAAUGUUGAUUUCAUUAUCGCGUGUUCUUCUUUGUUUCCGGUUUCUUAGUCGACAUUGCCUUCUAGAUUCGUAUACGAUACGCGCAAGUGUCUUUCUUCGUUGCGUGCCCAUUUUGUUUCACAUUCAAUAAGCAUCUGCACUUGAUCCGGGCAAAGUAUUGUGAUAGGUUGGCUGUCUAGAAACGGCGAAAGGAAGAAUACGGUUCACGUUGGUCCGACGUACAGGGUGUCUCGUAAAAUCCUUCUAUUCACGAGUAUAUAUUUAGCGCCCAAUAAUGACUAAAUAAAAUUCGUAUGAGCAUGUUUCAGUUACUCUUUUAACACGUUCGCGACCAGCAUCAUCGCAUUUCUGACGUUCAACAUUUUGCAUAUUGCGCAAAGAAAAUUAAAUAACUUUCACAUGUGUCUGUAUCUAAAAUUGUAACGCAUGGUAUAAGGUGUAGGAAGUUGACGAAAUUUCUUUUUUAAAGUUCAUUUGCAUUUUAUAAAGACGAUUCACUGGCUUUAGUAAAAUAUUAUAAAUAUGAAUAUUGCCACUGAAGCAAACGCUGGUCGCAAACGUAUUAAGCGAUUAACACUAACUAACAGAGAUUAGUUUGCCAAUUAAUUCGGGAAACAAAGAGAAUGAGGAACCAAAAUAACACGGAGCUUUUCUUUUACUUUCAUUGACUCGUCGACAAUUAUCUAAUUUUGUCGAAAUUUGUAAUGCAGUUUAUAAUACGUUACUUAUUCUUAUUUGUGUUCUUUAUGCCGUAUUCUUAUUUAUGUUCUUUAUUUAAACCGAACUUUUGUUCGAACUUCGCGAAACAUCCUGUACGUCACACGUGUCGUCAUUCACAGAGAAGCAAACGACGUACGGGCGUAAGAGGAAAAAAAACGGUUCGGCAUGUUCGCGAAUGUUUUCGGUGAAACGAUUCGUUUCUUGGGCACGUUCCCAUCUUAAUCAACUAACAACUAAUUAUCCAAUCACGUAAUCCACGUUACCGUGCAUCCGUAGUUCUAAUCGAUAAGAUUUGUACACUUUUACGAUACGCAUUCGAGCCUUUCCUUCUGCGAUACUGAAUGAAAAUGGUAAUUAUUCGUUGCAAUUCUCUCCAGUGAGUACGAGAAAAAAAAGAAGAGAAAACGAAAGUCGAUAUUCGACGAAGCGUUCCUUCAAUUUAGAUUAGCGAAUCUUAUUCAAGCAUGUAAAAUGUUUCAUUUCUGUUUUAUCCGAUUUGUAUAAUUCUCGGUUGGAAUUCGUAGAAUAUUCGAUUCGAUUUAGCGUCCAACGAUAACCAAUUUUACGCCCCGCAAAUCGCCAAUCGAUGGUAACAUGACGAUUGAGAGUUGGUUGUACGGAGGUGUCCUUGUUAUGUUUUUUGCUGAAAUUUUAUCGUGCAUCGUUACGUUGCGCCUUUAGUUCCCCUCUUUUAUCCGAGCCACCCUCGCGUUAUUUAUAAACCAAAAAAAAAAG